AUGAGUCAUUCUCAAUCUCCAAACAACAGAGGGUCCAUUUUUGGUUGGGCAAAAAGUUUAAAGCGUUCAAACUUGUUAUCCAACGAGUCCGUGAAUGAAAUCAGCGACAAUGACUCUAUUUCAAAAUCCCCUACAAAAGCGAGUUACACUUCUCCUCAUCAACAGCACAGCCCGUUAAAUAUACCAAAUGCUAAUGCUCACAACACACAAAGCUCAGACUCCCAAAACUCAUUCUACCAGCAACAACUGAGCCACCAUAAUCAUGGGGGGAACUUUUUUGGAACUUCACCUACAGGAUCUAGUCAUCAUUCAGAUUUUUUGCGUCCAUUGCUCAACCACAAGCUGAGAUCAACAAAUAAUGUGUCAAGAGUAAGGUCAAACUCGUUAAAUCAAUCAGAAAGCAGUAUACGUCAGCAUCGAGACUCUUUCAUGCAAACCAAUGCACUCGUUGAUGAAAACUCAAAGUAUUUUGGUGUCCCUUUGCAGCAGGCUUUGGAUGAAUCAUCGGCGAAAAUAUCCAUUCUUACUGGAGACCAAUCCGAUGGCUUGCAAUAUGGUCAAAUCCCCAUAGUUGUUGCCAAAUGCGGCGUUUAUUUGAAGAAAAAUGGACUCACUGUAGAAGGCAUAUUUAGAGUUGGUGGCUCUUCUAAGAGGAUUAAAGAUUUGCAGGUUAUUUUCAACACACCACCAUCUUUUGGUAAACAGCUAAAUUGGGACGGAUAUACUGUACAUGAUGCUGCGUCUAUUUUAAGAAGAUAUUUGAAUGCACUUCCAGAACCACUCAUUCCUUUAAACAUGUACGAUGAUUUUAGAGAGCCAUUGAGAAACAGAAGAAGAAUAAUCAGCUACAUGCAGUACAAAGCAGAAAAUCCCUCAAAGAGUCUUAAACAAGCUAGUGUUGAGGAUGUAUCGAGCACAUCACAAAUGUUGACGGAAGCCAAUGUUGAAAAGUUUAAUGACAAUGGUGUAUCAGAUUUUAGGAGGCGUAAUGAUUCAAAUGUUUCGUCACAUCCGACAAGUUCUAUUCAACCCCCAACCGAACAGCUGCGACACGUAGAGCAGCAACUGCAACUGCAAUUUCUGCUGCUGCUGCCGCAACAACCGCAACAAUUGCAACAACGACAACCUACUGAAGAAGAAAUUGAGCUCAAGAAUAAGAAAAAGUCCAAGAACUACAAGAAGCUUACACGUGAUGUCCAUGCGGCAAUUGACGAAUACAAACACUUGGUUAAUGACUUACCACUUGCUUCAAAACAGUUGUUAUUCUAUGUAUUGGACUUGUUGGCAAUGGUACGAAAUCAUCUGAAAGAGAAUUUGAUGAGUUCGAGAAAUUUAGCUGCCAUUUUUCAACCGCUGAUCCUUUCACAUCCUAAUCACGAUCUUGACCCUGAUGAGUAUGCUCUUUCCCAACUCGUGGUGGAAUUCUUGAUCCACUACGCUUACAAGCUUUUGCCAACACAUACUUCCAAGUCUGUAUCCAUAAAUACCAACGAGGAUGUGGUUCCUACUGAACCUCCACAAGCAUUGCAAAGUGCAGUCACUUCCACAAGCACAACCCCAUUGGAGAGUGCAACCUCGCUAUCAAAAAAUGAUCUACUGCUGAAGGAGCCAAUAGUCCUGGCGCAACCCGCACCUCCACCAUUCAAUCGUCGACAUUCCAAAAGUUUGAGCUCUGCCGGAAACCAUGAGGAUUUGGUGGUAGGAUAUCAACAUAACGUAACUGGCUCAAUCCCAUUUGAAUCAGACGUGGAUUAUAUCUCAGAUGAAAAUGACAUAGGCUCAGAUGUAGAAGAGUCAUAUUUCAACCAGUCUAGGUUAGCAAAUGCUGGCAGUCCCAUGAGGAUAAAUUUCGAUAACGAAAGGCCCAACGCAGAGCCAGAAGUCCCCAAAAAUGGAACUAGCGAAGAGCCUGUUAUAAUUGUAACUACACCAAGUUCGGGGCCUACAACUGCUAAGUAG